GAGAGAGAGAUGGGAAAUUUGUACGUAAUGUUUGUGUUUUCACUUGUAAUUGUGCAUGCAACAGCAAGGAACGUUCCAACUGAAACAAAACCUAGUACUAAUACACUAAACCGUGUUGCAAACAAAGAGAUUAAUGCAGCUGGACCUGUUGGAGAUCAGAAAAACUUCCUUACAUACGGCGGCGUGGGUGGCUUUGCCGGUGUGGGCGGGUAUACUGGGGUGAUGCCAACUCUUGGAGGCAUUGGCGGACUUGGUGGUGGAAGUGGGCUUGGAGGGAUUGGAGGACUUGGUGGAGGCAGUGGGCUAGGAGGGAUUGGCGGACUCGGCGGUGGAAGUGGGCUAGGAGGGAUCGGCGGACUCGGCGGUGGAAGUGGGCUAGGAGGGAUCGGAGGACUCGGCGGUGGCAGUGGGCUCGGAGGCAUUGGAGGACUUGGCGGUGGCAGUGGGCUUGGAGGCCUCGGAGGACUUGGUGGGGGAAGUGGGCUAGGAGGAGUUGGUGGCUUAGGUGGUGCUGGAGGUGCAGCUGGUGGCGUAGGUGCUGGUGUUGGAGGUGCUGGAGGCUUAGGUGGCGGUGUUGGCGGUGGAUCUGGUGGGGCGCCUUGAUUAAGUUUGUCCAAUGUCUCUCCAGGGUAUAAAGUUAUCUUCAGUUUUAGUAGACUGUCACUUUAUGUUUUGUUUUGUUAACUUGCAAGUAAUUAUUGUAUUUCUGUUGCUCUAAAUUUUGGAUUGUACCACGUUUUAUUGGAGUUUCAUGGAGAAAAGCAAGAAUGCCACCUCUAAUUUUUCUGUUCA